AGGUGGUGCUGUCUCUGUGGAAAGAUGCGAUCAGCGAGAAGCGGAGGCUUUUCCUUAAUUGCUCAUUUCAGUAAUAGAGGCUAAACAACGCGAAACUAAAACCUCCGAAGCUUCUCCCGCCUGUGAGAGAAGCUCCGUACUCCCACCACAGCUUUCGCCUGAGAAAUGUCGAUAUUUUAAGGGGGCAACGCAGUUCUUAGCCGGCGGUUUUGGCUUUGAGAGCUCCAGUAUGUCCAAACGGCGCUCGUCAGAGAGAGGGGCUGGAGAGACAUCAGGCAGGGCCAGCAAGCUCCAGUGUCCUGGGAUAUCUGGCAGUAAUGCCAAGAGAGCCGGCCCCUUUAUCCUUGGACCUCGCCUGGGCAACUCACCAGUACAGAGCAUAGUUCAGUGUUUGGCCAGAAAAGAUGGCACGGAUGACUUCUAUCAGCUCAAAAUCUUGACGCUGGAGGAGCGAGUAGACUCUGCUGGGGAGACUCAGGAGGAGAGGCAGGGAAAGAUGCUGUUGCAUACAGAAUACUCUCUCCUUUCUCUGCUGCACAACCAGGAUGGGGUGGUCCACCAUCAUGGCCUCUUCCAGGAUCGUGCCUACGAAAUAGUGGAGGACAUGGAGGCCAACAAAAUCCGUAAGAUGAAGAAGCGGAUCUGCCUGGUGUUGGACUGCCUGUGUGCCCACGAUUUCAGUGACAAGACAGCAGAUCUGAUAAACCUCCAGCAUUAUGUCAUAAAGGAGAAGCGACUGAGCGAGCGUGAAGCCAUCGUCAUUUUCUACGAUGUUGUGCGCGUGGUGGAGGCCCUCCAUAAGAAAAACAUUGUGCACAGAGACCUCAAGCUGGGAAACAUGGUGCUUAACAAACGGACACAUCGCAUCACCAUCACUAACUUCUGCCUAGGGAAGCACCUGGUGAGUGAGGAUGAUCUGCUAAAAGACCAGAGAGGCAGCCCAGCUUAUAUUAGCCCUGAUGUAUUAAGUGGUCGACCAUAUCGUGGUAAACCCAGCGACAUAUGGGCGCUCGGCGUUGUCUUGUUCACCAUGCUUUAUGGCCAGUUCCCUUUUUAUGACAGCAUACCUCAAGAACUCUUCCGCAAAAUCAAGGCUGCAGAGUAUUCUAUUCCAGAAGACGGUCGUGUGUCUGAGAACACGGUGUGCCUCAUUCGAAAGCUGCUCGUGCUGGACCCUCAGCAGAGGCUGGCUGCAGGAGAAGUGCUGGAGUCACUCAGUGCCAUUAUUGCUUCAUGGCAGUCAGUUUCAUCAAUGAGUGGCCCCUUACAGGUAGUUCCAGAUAUUGAUGAUCAGGUCAAUAACCAAGAACAUCUGCAGGAGGCCAAGGCAAUCGAAGAGUCUUCACAGUACGAAUUUGAGAACUACAUGCGCCAGCAGCUGCUGCUGGCUGAAGAGAAGAACACUAUUCAUGAAGCCAAGAGCUUUCUCACCAAGCGUCAGUUUGGCAACAUCCCACCUGUCAGGCGUCUGGGUCACGACGCCCAACCUGUCAGUCCAUUUGAUGCUACUGCCCUCGCUCAACGUUUCCUCCGGAAAUAACCCUCAACCCCCCACAGCAGCCUCUCUAGCCUCCCUGGUAACUAAACACACCCAGGGAGACCAGAGAGGACUUGGGAGAAAAUACCCAGAACUGAACUGGCACACAGGAAGGAUCUGUCUGUACUGACAGGCAGACCGAUGCACAUCUGGGUUUCAGUAAGCUAAGCAAAGCAGACACAAAGCCAGGUACCGGAAAAGAUUCCCACCUAUGAGCUUGACUUUUCCAGUCUGGAUUCCCUUCAAACAUUGAAAACCCUGGAUAACCCCCCCCCCCAAAAAAAGCUUCUUUACCCACAGUCACUGUGCAACAAACCCAUCAGCAUGGUCUGUCAUGGUUCUGAUGAGGUUCUGCCUGCAGUUUGGAAGCAACCAUCAACCCCUCGUUCCUCUUCCCCCCACCACCUCUAAAACUUCCCAUCCAUUCUGGCUUCCCUGAGCAAUACAGGUCCAGAAUCAUGUAGCAACCCCCCUCCCCCCCUCAUCACAGUGGUUUGGUAUUGCCUCAAGUUGGAUCUCUUGAUCACAGAUGUCAUUCAUGUAUACCUCCAUUCCACCUUCCUUAUCUCUUUCUCAGUCUUUGUUUUUCCUGUUUUGUUCUUUCCACAACUCUGACUUCAAAUCAAUCUACCUCUUUGUCUCUAUCCGUCUGUUUCUAAUCUAGGCUCACAGUUCUGAGACCAGGGAUUGUAACGCCCGAGUCUCGACCCACCAGUGGCAUAAAAGCAUUAAUGUUUUUGGUUGCAAUGAAACUGCUUUCAAACGGUUUCUAAAAAUCUGAAUAAGCUUUGUAUUAUUUACCUGAAUAAGUAGCAUUUUAUCUCAGUAGUAGAAAGAUUGAAGAAAGAUUUGAUUAUCAAAGCUUACUUUGAAAUUAGCGCUCUGCGUUGUCUCCUGCUUCUUGCUCAUCCCUGUGGAAAUCUUUUUAGCACCUCGGCAGCUAUAGUGAGGUACCUGGGAGUCCAAAUGCCAAGAACUGAAUGAGGCCAAGUCCUAAUGAUGAUGGUUACUCUUCCUCAGUGCCGCCAUGGCGAUUAUCAGGCACUGUUAUGUUUCCAUUGCCAAAAAUCCUGUCUUAAAUUUCUUCUCAGCCAAGGAAACUGGUACUUUCAGACUCAUUUAGAAUUGUAUGACUUCCAGGUGGCUUCCCCAUGUCUUCUUAUCCAACCCAACCAUGGGACAACUGUUUGUUUUCUGUGUGAAUGUGAAUCUCAUUUCUUCUGAUGAAUCUGCAGUAUCCUGAAGUGUGCAUGCUGUGUGUAUGUGGGUUGGAGCCAGACAAACGAGUGUGUGUGAGAGAAGCUGGAACUCUCUGACCCUUUAAGCUAUCCACCAGUUAUCAUUGUGUCGUGUUAUCUGGCCUGCCUCUGUGGCAGACACUGUGAAACAGAGCAGGCUCUGCUGCAGUGGGGCUUGACUGAAUGUUUUUUUCGGGGAAUGGAGUGAACGCUUAAAAUGG